AUGUCUCCACCAUCACCUGCCACCAUUUACUGUAUCCGCUGGUCAUUCAUCAUCCACCACUGGGCAUCCAUCAUCCGCCACUGGGCAUCCAUCAUCAUUUGCUGGGCAUCCACUGAGUACCGCCAUGUCUGUUGGGCGUCCACAAUCUCCCACCAGGCAUUGUGGUCUCUGUUGACGCUCUGCCAUUUCACCACCAGCGCCUUCCAUGAGAAUGCUGCUUCCCUGGCUUGGGUGCUGUUACCUGGUGCUGCCCUCAAGAUAUCACAUGAAACAAAAAAGGAAAAACUAACCAACCUCAACCAACCAGCGCCCUGCCUGCUGGGGGCGCCGUCCUACUUCCUGUCGCACAAUCAUACGCACAAAAGGCAGUGCGCCGGCGCCAGAGACCCGGAGCCGCCAUCGUCCACAGACGGGGGAGCGGGAAAUAUGGACGCAGCCUUCACAGAUAUGGAUUCAGGAGUCCCCGUGAAGUUCGAACCCCAGGAUGAGAUGUCUGACUUUCAGGACAGCCCAGUCUUACAGGUAUCACCUCUGCCAAGCCCACUGCCCUGGGCCAUGUAUAUGCCGCAGAUGCCCAGACAAGGGAGCCCAGCCAGCAUGCUGACCGAAAUGGCGGCUGACGACCAGAGUGGCUUUGACGGCUACGGCUGUAACCAACAGCAGCCGCUGCCGCCGCCACUGCCGCCGCCGCCGCCACUGCUGCCACGGCCACCGCCACUGCCGCCGCCACUGCCGCCGCCACCGCCGUCGCCACCGCAGCCGCCACUGCAGCCGCCGCCGCCCCUGCAGCCGCCGCAACAGCAAAUCAAGUGCAUGGUGUGCGGGGACAAGGCAAGCGGCAAGCACUACGGCCAGUUCACGUGCCAGGGCUGCAAGAGCUUCUUCAAGCGCAGCGUGGUGAAGAACCUGAGCUUCAGAUGCCAAGCCGACCAAGACUGUCGCGUCAAUCAGCACCGUCGCAACCGGUGCCAGUACUGCCGCUUCAGAAAGUGCCUCGAUGUCGGUAUGAAACCAGAAGCAGUGCAAAGCAACAGGAGACCGCCCACCCAGCCAGCCCACGGGCCACCUGCGCUGACCACCCGGCAACCCUCCGACUGCUAUCCAAACCUGUCUGGGUAUGUUUCUCUGCUCCUCGGCGCGGAGCCCAACCCCUUGCCUUGGUCAAGCUGCCAGUUCACACCGCCCGACACCAUCCUCAGCCUCGAGAUCAUUUGCGAACAGGCUGCGCGGUUGCUCUUCGGCGCCGUGGAAUGGGCCCGGAACAUACCCUUCUUCCCGGCCCUGCCAAUCAGCGACCAGGUGGCCAUGCUUCGCCUUACCUGGAGCGAGCUGUUCAUGCUGAACUGGGCGCGGUGCUCCAUGCCGCUCCAUGUGGUCUCGUUCCUGGCCUCGACCUGCUUACACAACACGCCCAUGUCUUCGGACCAAGCUGCCGACUUUAUGGACAACGUGCGGAUCUUCCAAGAGCAAACCGAGAAGCUCAAAGCUCUACAAGUCGACCCCACCGAGUACAGCUGCCUCAAGGCCAUCGUGCUGUUCACUUCCGACGCCAGCGGUCUCUCCGAUGCGGCGCAAGUGGAAAGCUUGCAGGAGAAGUCCCAGUGCGCCCUGGAGCAAUACGUUAGGAACCAGUACAACGACCAACCAAUGCGAUUCGGAAAGCUUUUGCUUCGCCUCCCUUCCUUCCGCACCGUGUCCUCCGCAGUCAUAGAGCAGUUAUUUUUCAUCCACCUGAUAGGUAAAACCCCCAUCAAAACCCUCAUCCGGGGUAUGUUACUGUCAGGUAACUGUUACAGCAGUAAUAACUAGCCGUACGUGGCACUUCAAAAAAUAAGUCAAAAUAAGAAUGGGGCAGGGGGCUGAAACGGAGAGAGCAAAAAGGUAGACUGGUUUCUUUGCUUAAUACUGGUAAAGGAUAUAAAAGGGAUGUUACAAGUUUGCCAGAAGAAGGGAGGGAAAGAAUUUAAUGGACUGUGAGUUUGAAAAAAAAAAAAAAAAGACUGUCAAAUGAAC